CCCUCACGACAGCUUGCAAGUUCUGUCGUCGCCCUCCCUGGAGGAUGAGCGAUGUGUCCACAUUGGACUAUGAGCUGCUCUCGCCGGGGCCGUCGUUCGCCGGGCUCCCCAGCAGCCCGCCUCUUGGCGGCGACGCCGAGCAAAGGACGGCCUUCGCGUUCGUGGGUCUCCUCAUGCUGUUUUUGAUUUUCCUGUUGGUGCGUUGCUUCCGGAUCUUGCUGGACCCCUACAGCCGAAUGCCCGCUUCGUCUUGGACUGAUCAUAAGGAGGGCUUCGAGCGGGGCCAGUUCGACUACGCCCUGGUGUAGUCACGUGACCGAAAGACGCCACCUGCCUUAGCCGACCCUGUAGCUCAUUGCGCUAAAACCAUCAUCAGGGAACAUGCCAUGUAUACCGUGAAAUUCGCUUUGGACGUAAGUGCGUAAAUGUAACGAACGCCAUAUUUUCAGAAUUAACAGGGUCGUCUGUUUUUUCCGCUGUAGCUACUUCCUCAGGACGGUCUACAAGGUCUACAACGAAUAAACGUAUGAAGUCGACAGUUCAAGGUGCCCGACAUGAUGCUCACUGUGAACUGUUAUUACACUUCGGCUACUGUACAUACGUCAUUGUUACUGUAGAUAUAUCUAAAUUGUAAAAAACAUGGCGUUUUUGAAUGGACCUACGUAGAUGGCGCAUAUUUAACGCAACUGAAAUCGAGGCUGUGAUGAAUAGAUGGCAGUAAUUGAUUGUUGCUAGGAAUUGAUGUCAGUUGUUCAGCCAGUGAAUCACUGGACAUAUGGCUUAUCGAAAAUGUUGCGGUGGACGAAAAUUUAAAAAAUCGUAAAAUAUGUGUUAUAGUUUGUGUUAACAAAAGUAGAUGAUGACAUGACAACAAACAGUUUAAACCGUUACGUUCAACAAAUAGGUUUAACAAAAAAAUGUAUACUGUAAAAAUCGUUAAAUUGUCACUUUACGUUAAUUGUUGUAUUAAUUGCAACAAAUGGUUUUAACGAACAAUUUAUAACGUUAAAAUCACUAAACUGAUGCUAAAUGCACUGAAUGCAACAAAUGGUUUUAAUAAAAUUCAUACCAUAAAAACACUAAACGGUCAUUAAAUUGUCACUUUACGUUAGUUGUUGUAUUAAUUGCAACAAAUGGUUUUAACUUACAAUUCAUAUCGUAAAAAUCUCUGAAUUGUUGCAAAAUCUUCACUUAAUGUUCAUUUUUGCAUUUAACAAGUGGGUUUUAAAGUUUACACUGUAAAAAAAAUCACUAAACUGUCGCUAAAUUGUCACUUUUACUUUAAUUGUUGUAUUAAUUGCAACAAAUGGUUUUAACGAACAAUUUAUACCGUUAAAAUCACUAAACUGACGCUAAAUGCACUGAAUGCAACAAAUGGUUUUAAUGAAAUUCAUACCAUAACACUAAACGGUCAUUAAAUUGUCACUUCGUGUUAAUUGUUGAAUUAAUUGCAACAAAUGGUUGUAACAAACAAUUUACACAAACUAAACUGUCGUUAAAUUGCCACUUUACGUUAAUUGUAUUGAUUGCAACAAAUAGUUUUAACGAACAGUUUAUAUCGUAAAAAUCUCUAAAUUGUUGCAAAAUUGUCACUUAAUGUUCAUUAUUGCAUCUAAUUUAACAAGUGGUUUUAAACAGUUUACACUGUAAAAAAAAAUCACUAAACUGUCGCUAAAUUGUCACUUUUACAUUAACUGUUGUAUUAAUUGCAGCAAAUGAUUUUAACAAACAGUUUAUAGCAUUAAAAUCACUAAACUGACGCUAAAUGCGCUGAAUGCAACAUAUGGUUUUAAUGAAAUUCAUACCAUAACACUAAACGGUCAUUAAAUUUUCACUUUACAUUAAUUGUUGUAUUGAUUGCAACAAAUGGUUUUAAUGAAAUUUAUAACGUAAAAAUCACUUAACUGUCGCUAAAUUGACAUUUAAUGUUCAUUUUUGCAUUUUAUUCAUCGUGAUUUUAAACAGUUUACACUGUAAAAAAAAUCAUAAAACUGUUGGUGAAUUGUCACGUUACUUCAAUUGUAGUAUUAAUUGCAACAAAUGGUUUUAACGAACAGUUCAUUCCAUUAAAAUCACUAAACUGACGCUAAAUGCACUGAAUGCAACAAAUGGUUUUAAUAAAAUUCAUACCAUAAAAACACUAAACGGUCAUUAAAUUGUCACUAUAUGUUAAUUGUUGAAUUAAUUGCAACAAAUGGUUUUAACAAACAAUUUACAGAUAAAAAUAAAACUGUCGUUAAAUUGUCAAUUUAUGUUAAUUGUUGUAUUAAUUGCAACAAAUGGUUUUAACGAACAAUUUAUAUGGUAAAAAUCGCUCUCGCUAAAUUGUCGCGUAAGGUUAACUUUUGCGUUUUAUCCAACAAGUAGUUUAAAACUGUUUGCAUCAUAAAAAAAAUUUCGAAACUGUUGCUAUAUUGUCGUUUUACAUUAAUGGUUGCACUGAAUGAAAAUGAAAUAGCACUAACGAACAAUUUAGACCAUAGAAAUCACUAAACUGUUAAACUGCAUUUUUUUUUAUCGUGAUUUUAAACAGUUUACAUUAUUAAAAAAAUCACGAAACUGUUGGUAAAUUGUCACUUUACUUAAUUGUUGUAUUAAUUGCAACAAAUGUUUUUAACGAACUAUUUAUACCAUAAAAAUCACUAAGCUGUAGCUUAACAUUCAUUUUUGCGUUUAAUUCAUCAAGUGGUUUUAAACAGUUUACACCAUAAAACAAAUCACUAAACUGUUGCUAACUUGUUUUAUGUUAAUUGUUGCACUGAAUGCAACAAAUUUUUUGAAUGAAAUUUAAAAUCACUGAACUGUCGUUAAAUUGUCACUUUAUGCUAAUUGUUGUAUUAACUGCAAUUAACUAAAUGGCUUUAAAAAAAACAAUCUAGAACAUAAAAAUCAUUAAACUGUCGGUAAAUUGUCUUUUAACAUUAAUUUUUGCAUUUAAUUCAAAAAGUGGUAUUAAACAGUUUACACCGUAAAACAAAAUCAUCCCUAAACUGUUGGUUUACGUUAAUUGUUGCACUUAUGCAACAAAUGGUUUUAAUUAAAUUUAUACUGUAAAAAUCACUAAACUGUCGUUAAAUUGUCACUUUACAUGAACUGUUGUAGUAAUUGCAACAAAUGAGUUUAUCAAACAAUUACACCGUAAAAUUCACUAAACUGAUGAUAAAUUGUCGCUAUAUAUUAAUUGUUGUAUUAAUUGCAACAAAUGGUUUUAACGAAUAAUUCAUACCAUAAAAAUCACUAAAAGUGUUGCUAAAUUGUUUAAAGUUCAUUUUUGCAUUCAACUCAACAAAUGGAUUUAAAGAAAAAAUUAUAUUGUAAAAAUCACUAAACUGAUGUUAAAUUGUCGCUAUAUGUUCAUUGUUGUAUUAAUUGCAACAAAUGGUUUUAACGAAUAAUUCAUACCAUAAAAAUCACGAAAAGUGUUGCUAAAUUGUUUAAAGUUCAUUUUUGCAUUCAACUCAACAAAUGGUUUUAAACAAUUUACACUGUUAAAAAUUUUAAAUUGUCACUUUGCAUUAUUUGUUGCAUUGAAUGCAACACAUGGUUUUAACUGUCAUUAAAAUGUUGCAUUGAAUUUGACAAGUUACAUACAAAAUGGUUCUGAAAGCAACUUGCACUGUGUUCUGCUUAGUCAUUGCUGCCCUCACAGCCUUGUUUUUCAUUUACGUGCAAUGAAAUAAGCCGCCUACCCUAAUUAUGGCCCAUUCAGUAUGAUUUUUGUCUAUUCAGCAUGGUAAUUUUGCGCAAACUACAUCUUUAAGGAACACUUCAGCGUUGCUGGAAAGCCCACGGAUGUCCGACAUACCUGCUGCCUUCGACAGACCCGUCCUAAACUCUGUGCUUUAUACAUUUCUGAGGAUGUUCUGGAUUUGGAGCAAAAAUCCCUUUAAGACUUUUGAACUGAGUGUCAGUCCUUGUAUUAUUGCCGUCUGACUCUUUCCUGUCCUUUGACUAUGUGUAUAUAAGCCAUACGUUCUCAUAUCUCAAAAGUGUUCAUGUCAGUGGUUGUCUGUUUGCUAAUCUGCCAAGCUCUCUGAAACCGUUGUGAUCUAAGAGAGGUUUAGAAACGACCGAAAGCUUUAUUUUUAUAUCCCGACUCAGAUUUGGAGUUCCCUUUUUGCUAAUGUGUCGUCUCGAAUUUGUAGCUCUCAUUUGGACGGAUGUGCGGUGUUGAUAUGCCAAGAAACGGAGGAGCUUGCAUUGCUUUGUGAGUUUUGUAAGUAGAUUGGAUAUUUUCCUAAUUCCUUUUUGUCUGAAAUAAAACUGGGUUUAUUCA